AUUGUCCAAAACAAAAAACAAGGUGGGGGAAGUGGUAAAAUAGGGGAAGGAAGAAGCCUGUAUUUCUCAUAAAAACUUAGGAGAGAGAGGAAAAAAAAAAAAAGAAAAAAAAAGGAGAGGUCUGAGAAGUGAGGUAGCGCACCCCCAUCAAAAAUCAAAAAGAAUUGGGUUCAUCUCUCUCUCAUCAUAAUAUGGCAUUUCACGUCGCUUGCCCAAUUACAUGCAAGCGAAUUUGUUUCUGCGCGUUAGGGUUUCCGCAGAUUAAUUCUGGAAUUGCUGAUUUCGAGGGUGGAAUUUCGAGGUUGAACGAUUUUCUCAAGGAUCCAUGGAUUAUUAGGGUUAAGCAAGGUGCUACGGUUCAAGUUCCGGUUCCCAAGGUUGUUCCGCCGCCUCCUCCGCCGCCUGUUGCUGCUCUUGUUCAUGGGGAUGAUGCUGAGGAGUUGCUGUCUGCUCAGACUAAAAGGGUUGCGUUGCAAAAGAAGGCUGCUGUUGCUUCUUUGGCGGCUGAGGAUUUUGCCCGCCGCUUUGAAUCCGGUGCUUUGGUGGUGAGGGAUGUCACCAAAGAUUCUGGCGUAGAGGAGCAGGGUUCUUCUAAUGUGAAUGUGAUGUGUCGACUGUGCUUCUCCGGUGAAAAUGAAGGGAGUGAAAGAGCUAAGAAGAUGCAUCCAUGCAGUAAUUGUGGGAAAAAAUAUCACAGGAGUUGCUUAAAAACUUGGUCUCAACAUAGAGAUCUGUUUCAUUGGAGUUCAUGGACAUGCCCCUCAUGCCGUACAUGUGAGGUUUGUCGUAGAACUGGAGAGCCAAACAAGUUUAAAUUUUGCAAGAGGUGUGAUGGUGCCUUCCAUUGUUAUUGUAUGCAGCCUCCGCAUAAGAAUGUUAGUUCUGGACCUUACCUUUGCCCCAAGCAUACAAAAUGCCACAGCUGCGGAUCAAAUGUUCCAGGAAAUGGUCUGAGUGUAAGGUGGUUUUUAGGAUAUACUUGCUGCGAUGCUUGUGGGAGAUUGUUUACCAAAGGCAAUUAUUGUCCUGCUUGCCUGAAGGUCUACAGGGAUUCAGAGGCAACACCUAUGGUUUGCUGUGAUAUUUGCCAGCGCUGGGUGCACAUUGAAUGUGAUGGAAUCAGUGAUGAGAGAUAUUUGCAGUUUCAAAUAGAUGGAAAUCUUCCAUACACAUGCCCAACAUGUCGUGGCGAGUGCUACCAGGUGAGGGGUCUUGAAGAUGCUGUGCAAGAGUUGUGGAGGAGAAGAGACGAGGCAGAUCGUGAUCUAAUAGCAAGUUUAAGGGCAGCUGCUGGUUUGCCGACUCAGGAAGAAAUAUUUUCUAUUUCGCCGUUUUCUGAUGAUGAAGAUAAUGAUCUGAGUGCUGGGAAGGGUGAACAUGGGCGCGCUAGAUUCUCUUUGAAAAGUUUGACUGAUUUUUCCCCUAAGAAGAUCAAGGAAUCUGGCAAGAAACCGUACAGCAAAAAAUAUGUGAAGAAAAAGGGAUACCAGACGUCUUUGGAUGGUAAAAUGGAGGUCAAGCCUGAAGAAUACAGUGAGACUCAGUUGUUUGGAUCUAGAUUGGGGAACAAUAAAGAGAUGUCACAGCCACAUGGACCAGAUUUAUUUUCUUCUCCAGUUUCUGGAAGUUUCAGUCCAAAUGACGGAAAUUUCUCGAAUAAGGAACAGGGGUUUUUGAAGCACAAAUCUAUGGAUGAAGUUGCGGGGAGCAAUGCAGACAGAAGAGCAACAGUUGUACAGAUUAAGAGCAAGAAGCCUAAUGACACUGCUGUUAGCGAGGAUGUUGGGCAAUUUGGCAACAAACCAAAGACCAUUAAGGGAACUAAGCUGGUUAUACAUUUAGGAGGGCGAAAUAAAACCAUAACCAACUCUCCGAGGUCUGAUUCUUCAAGCUACCAGAGGGAGCAAGAUUUGGUGACAUUAAGUGGAGGGAAUGAAGCAGUGAGUCAGCAUAGGACAGGUGAUAAUCUAACGGAAAGAUUAGAUGGCACAUCAAACUCUGAUGAUGGUUACAAAGUUGAAGGUUCUCAUGAUGUAAGAGGAGUAAAACUAAGAGAUCGUAACAUAAUAAAGCUUGGUAAAGGCAAGUCUGAAGCUUCUAGUCCUCAAUCUCACAGAGCGAAUGGAUUGUUUGGUCUAGAGAGCACACAUAUCACACCAUCAAAAAAAAGCCAUGCUGACAGUGAAGGGCUACAGAAUAAUGUAUCAAAGGUUGAGAAGAUUUCUUUGAGAAAGCAUCCAGAUAACAGGCAUGAUAUGUCUGGUGAUAGAAAUAAAAGUAACCAGCCAGCACCACCUGCUGUAGAUGCUUCACUUAAGGACUCCAGGCCUUUGCUUAGACUCAAAUUCAAGACUCCUUAUCCUAGUUCAUGGGUUCCAAAUAGUGAGGAAGAGAGAGGUUCUGUGAAGGGUCAAAGGUCUAAGAGAAAGAGGCCAUCACCCUUGGUAGAAAAGCCUAAACAUCAUGAACAGGAAGAUGUGACAGAAUCACAAGAUGACAAUUUAAUGAAUGAAAUCAUGGAUGCUAACUGGAUUUUGAAGAAGUUGGGUAAAGAUGCUAUAGGAAAGAGAGUAGAAGUUCAUCAGUCAUCUGAUAAUUCCUGGCAUAAAGGAGUUGUCAGUGACGUUAUUGAGGGGACAGCAAUGUUGUCUGUUGAUCUUGAUGAUGGAAGGGCGAAGACCGUGGAACUUGGAAAGCAAGGCAUCAGAUUUGUAACACAGAAACAAAAAAGACUGAAAUCUUGAUGAUCUAGCAUAUAGAUUAAAGCCAAGCUAUUGUCUUUGCAGUUCAGAGUUCUCCGAAGGUUCUCACAGUUUUGCUAGCAGGUGGGUGAAGGCCCAUAAAAUCUCUCUGCACCAAUUGUUCAGUUGGGGUCAUUGUACAUCGACUGCUUGGACUUCAGGGCUUUUACUGUGAAUUUGAUAUUCUGGGCCUCACCAGGUUGCAGAUGAUAGUUUUUUCUCUACCCUGGAAUGUGUAGCUUCUCUCAGUGGGGGGAAGGUUUUACUGGCUUCCUCAUGUAACCUUAAUAGGAUGCGUUUAGAUACAAGUCUGAUCUGAAUACUAGUGUAGACUGCUAUUUUCUUGUGUUUUAGUCAGUUUCUAAGCUUUGUUGUAAAUGAUUAGGAAUACACAGCCUUCUUUAUCGUAGCUAUGCUGACAAGUUGUUAGCUUGAUUUGUACCCUUUAAUAAUAGUUCACCUAUUUUUUCAGAUGCUUAGCAAAAGAUGAAAGGAGUUUGUAUCAUGGCAAGUUUGUAGCCAUGUUGCAUUAUCUUGACAUGUUUAAUGAAAUCAUGCUUGCUAUGCUCACAAA